UAUUAUGGUACGCAGACAUGGCAGCCUGUAGUGGAGGCAUGCAUGUCAACAGAAUAAUUUUUAUCGGCGUUUUGUUGUUGUGACGCGCAUCUAAUGGAGCUGCGGAGAUAUUCGGGUGUUUCCAGAGACUUUCGUCGAUACUGUGUAUAUACACAUGUAUAGUGUUCGUUAUCAGCAGGAUCCUAAAGUUUAAUCCAACACCACCCCAGUCUUCACAGCCACCACCGCCAUCAUGCCCGGGGUGGACAAACCACCACAACAGACCCGCCAGAGGAAAAAGAACAAAAAGUCUCGCUCCAAGGGGAAGAGCCCAAGCGCAAGUCCUGGUGUGGUGGGCUCCAUAGAUGAGCAGGAUGAUCUCCUCUUACCCCCAGUGGCCCCACUUCCUUCUAAAAAGGCAGCGGAAGAGAAGCCCAAAGUGUCGGUGGCUAAAAUGGAAGAUGAGUCCUCCAUCGCUGUGUGCCUUCAGGUGCUUUUUCCCUACCUGCUGGCCGGGAUGGGCAUGGUGAUGGCUGGCCAGGUGCUGGACUAUGUACAGCACUGGGAGGUGUUUAAGGUGAUAACGGAGGUGUUCAUCCUGGUGCCUGCGCUGGUUGGACUCAAAGGAAACCUGGAGAUGACCCUUGCUGCUCGCCUCUCUACUGCUGCAAACACAGGCCAGAUGGACGACCCUGAUAAACAAUGGACCAUGGUGUGCAGCAACCUGGCGCUGAUACAGGUUCAGGCGACAGUGGUGGGCUUCCUGGCAGCAGUGGCAGCCAUUUGUUUAGGCUCCUUUUCUCGAGGGGGGAUUGAACUGGACCAGGCCGCUGUUCUCUGUGCCAGCAGCGUCAUCACUGCCUUUGUUGCUGCUCUUUCCUUAGGCCUGGUGAUGAUAGGAGUGAUCAUCGGCUCCAGGAAAGUGGGGAUCAACCCAGACAACGUGGCCACCCCCAUCGCUGCCAGUCUGGGGGAUUUAAUCACUCUGUCCCUGCUGGCCACCGUCAGCACCGUACUGUAUGAAUAUAUAGAUGUUUGGUACCUGUCUCCCCUGGUGUGUGUGUUCUUCCUGGCUCUGAUCCCCCUGUGGGUGGUGUUGGCGCAGCGGAGCCCACAGAUCAGCGAGGUUCUGCGCUCAGGCUGGCAGCCUGUUUUAGUAGCCAUGUCCAUUAGCAGUUUUGGAGGCCUUAUUCUGGACAAGACAGUGAGUGAUCCCAACUUCAAAGGCAUGGCCGUCUUUACGCCCGUCAUCAAUGGAGUGGGAGGUAACUUGGUGGCAAUCCAAGCCAGCAGGAUUUCAACAUACCUGCACUUCUGGAGCAUCCCGGGGGUGCUGCCCUACAAGAUGAGGCAGCACUGGCCCAAUCCCUGCAUCACCUUCUUCUCCUCAGGGGUGAACUCCAGGUCAGCGCGGGUGCUUCUGAUGCUGGUUGUCCCCGGUCACCUGGUCUUCCUCUACGCCAUCUCUCUGCUGCAGGGAGAAGAGGCGCCUAUCAGUGUGGCCUUCACCAUCUGCUAUCUGUGUGCUGCUCUUCUGCAGGUGGCCAUCCUCCUUUACUUAGCCGAUCUCAUCGUCCGUGUGAUGUGGAGAAGGAGUCUGGACCCUGACAACUUCUCUAUCCCCUACCUGACUGCCGUGGGGGACCUGCUAGGCACCGGCUUUCUGGCCCUGUGCUUCCACAGCGUCUCGCUGGUUCAGAGCCUGGGACUCUGAAGGUUUUCCCUUUCACUCAUGAACUCUUUCCCAGCCACUGUCUUGUUUCACCUGUUUUGUUACACAGAAAUGCUUGGAUUGGACAAUAAAGCAUUCUUCAAUGGUUAUCACCGGGACAAUCCAAACUGAGGAAUCUGUCUUGUCACAAGAUCAAACCUUUAAAAGGAUGGAAAGACUGCACAUCUAACAAUUGUAUUUAAGGGCUAAAGCCUUUAAAGUUUAAAUCCUCCGCCUGUCAGUAUGUCAAACUUUAUUUUGCUAUCAUUCCUCUCUAUCUGUCUUUCAGUUUUUCUCGCAUUAACUUAAUGUCAUUCUCGGACUUCAGAGAAAUAUCAAGCAACUUUACAUCGCAGCAGCAACACUGAAAAAAAUGGUUCAUUUGUGGACAUUUGUUUGUAUGUGGAUAGAUCAAACAGACUUGUGUGGGUGGAAUGUACUACUGUAUGCAUUAAUGCUAGAGGUUGUGGAGUUUGAUGUAACUGGAAUUGAAUCAAUGUUUAUCCAAAAGGGACAGACCUUAACAGUCACCUAAAUAUAACACAGUAAUAAUAAUAUAUUUCACUUUACUUUACAUUUUCUGCAAAUUCAGUUUUGAGAUAGCGUAACAGAGUCAAACAGAAAGAAUUAUACCAAGAGUCAUGAUGCUAAUCAGGACAUAGCAGAUUCCCCUUAAACAAAUCUAAUAUAUGGAAACUGGUGUUUGUAGAAAAUCAGCACGAGAUGAUAUACAUUACUUUAAAAAAUGAUACGUGACCGAUUUAGUACAACCUUAUUAUCUAACUUUACCAGGAGAGAAAAAAUAAAAUAACAAUCAACAGCUUGAGUUUUUGAGGAAUUUGUUAAGUAAGGGCUAGGGUUGCUAAUAAGUAUUUGGGUAAAGACAUCCUAAAACAUCCCUGGUAGAAGUCAAUUUCACUUCAAGUAACAAAAAUACUAUGCAGGAAAGGGAAAGAUGUAUUUGUGCCCUGUGAAAGUAACACAACUUUAACUCAAAUCCCCAGUAGAGUAAACAAAGAAACAGUCUUUCAAAUAAGAAGUGUUUAAAGUUCAAGGUGUAACAUUAACAAACAAUAACUACAACCAAAAAAAGGCAGAGACUGCCAUCUACCUAAUCUUUCUGGAACUGCGGUAUCUGGAAUCUAUUCUCUUAAUGUUCGUAUCCAUUUUAGUUUAAGAACAAAGGCCAACACAAUGAUUUUAAUGUCACUCUUAGCCACUUAAAUAGCUAUCUUUAUUUGUUUAGCAAGUGACAGCAUUGAUUUGACCAAGUUGUUUUCAUCCGUCCACCCACAUUGACUGAAUGUGUUUACUGUUUAUCUGUAGAGGAUCUUGGGUACUCGCUUGAUGCUAACAGUCCCUUUAAUGGAGGGUCCAUUACGCCUUACUGUUCAUUAUGAUGUUGUCGUAACCAUAAAACCUCAUCAUUACAGCGACGAAUGGAUUUACAUGCACAAGUUACUCCCAAAGGAAUGUUCAGAGAGAAAGCAAAGGCCUUGUGUCAUUCACUGAAAUUGAACCGCUGUAUCUAAAAUUCAGACCUCAACUUAACCCUAACUCCAAUUUAUUUGUAUGUGUAUUCUCAUCUCUACACAUAUAUGAAGCAAAUUCAUAAAGCCAUGGGAAUGUGAUCAUGUAUUGGGUCAUGUUAGGACACUUUCAACUCAAUGUCUCAAAAUUAUGUCUGAACACACAUUAACAAUUACGAUGAGUAUGGACAAAAAACUCACAGUAUUUAAACAUUAUAGUUUAGAGUAGACUCUUUUCUAUAAGUAACAGAGAGAAAAACUUCUGUAAACGCACGUGUGAAGUCACACAUGACUCGUUUGCUGUUUGUUGUUACUGGUAAUACCUAUUGUAGAGGCAAACGGCAUAAUCACUCAAAUCUUAGCUGUAUCUUUUAUGUGAGGUAUUUCAGUGUUAAUGGUGCGUUAAUAAAAGCUAAUAGUGUCACUGUUGCACACUUCUACACUAAAAGAUAAUUAAAUAAAGAUACGUACAAUUUGAAGAACACUUAAUUCACUCAAGCUUAUUGGAAUCUGUGUUUUAACUGUGAUAGUGAGAAUUAGUCCACAGCUAAGGGUGUGUUGUUCCAGCACAUACGUGUGUCUUCAUCUGUAGGGAUGGACUAUUUAUAUGAAAUUCUUAUCAUUAUUCUAAAUUGUCAUUGUCAGUUUGUCUUAAUUAUUUGCGUUGGUGUAAUGCCUGACUAAGUGACAUCCUAUUCUGUGGCGUAAUGGACAAGUAUUCAGAAAUGUUAUUUGAAUUAUUGAUAAUGAAGUAUUUUAAGUGACUAUUAUUAUGGUUAUUUAAAGCAAACUGGGAAAUGUUUUUAUUCAUUUAUUUGCUUGGACUUAAAUGAAAAGAUAAAUAGAGAGCGAAGUUAGGGGUCUUUAUUGAAACAUUUCCCAAAAUGUAAAACUAUUCCCCCUGAUAAAAGACUUUGAAACUUGUGGAAAAAAUACCUGAUUGUAAACAUGCCAAACUAUUCGUUUAAUAGUAGUCUAAGGUUGCCUUGAAAACCGAAUUAUGUCAUCUGUGUAAAAAGUCAGGCAUUUCAUUUUCAUUUUUGCUUUCGUAACGUUGUACUGUGCAUCAUAGUUGACACUGCCACAUUAUGACUUUAGGGGCUUUUAAAAUCCCUUUAUUUUCUAACAAUGCUGUGUUUACUGUCACCUGAGCUUCCACAGCCACAGUAUGUUAUGUAUUAUGUGUGGAAGUGUGGAAUCCAGAAGUGUUUGUGAUUUUGUGGGGAUUAACAGUUGUAUUUUAAUAAAAACCAACAGUGUAA